GCAAUCGCGAGGCGCGAGACGCUUGACGGUACGAGAUGGUGUUCUGAGAAAUUUGAGGAGAACGCGAGGAGGGAGGGAGGGAGCGAAGGGGCAAGCGGGAGGAGAUGGCUCAAUCGGCCAGCUCCUGCGCUUCUUCUCACUCUCGACCUUCGUUCUCUGCUUCGUCGUCGGACAGCAACCCUGCCUCUCCCCGGACCCCGUCAAUUUGUAAAGAGGGACGACUGGAUUCUGCGGUUGAGGAGUGUUGUUGCGCGACAUCGCCUCCGCUCUCGCCGUUCGCCGCACCGGUGGAGAAGGAGCGAUCGUCGCGAGAACAUGACGCGGCCUUGUCGCUCAUCGAGAGGUUGGACGAUGGCUGGUUUUGGGAUAAUGUGGUGAGCUGCCGCUGGGGCCAAGCCGCCUCGUCCCUGCCCGCCAUCGCCGAAGGUUCCGGUUCAGCAGCAGCAGCAGCAGCUAGAGAUAGAUUGGCGGGAGACUCCGCAUCCGCGCAUGGAAUUCGACCCCCUGAUGCGGCGGGACACAGCGCCAGCCAGCGGGAUGUCCUCAAGGCUCCCUUCCGGAGCAUCGAGAUGGUGCAGCCUUUCGUCACGUCGCGGAGCUUUUCCGGUGCCAGGGAUGCGCGAGAUCAUCAAGGUCUUCCUAGGUCCAGAUUGAGGCCGCUCACUCGGCGGACCGGAAGUAUGGACGAAAAGCAAUGGAAAGACAUUAGCUUCAGCGACAGCGAGCAGAAGCAUUUCACCCGGGCGCCGCAAGAUUACUCUAUCCCCCUUGUCGGAGAUAAGCGAAUUGAGCCCUCCAAUUUGGGCCUGGGCCAGGUGAGGAGAAGGAGGAACACGAUGUUGGACGUUGUUGUACCGUCCAGACGCUUUUCUGAUGGCGACGAGACCGCAGACGAAGUGAGCGCACCUCUGGCAAACGUCCGCGAGGAAGGCGAGAGCGCUCCUGAGGACAAGUCCUCAAACAAGAACCAGGUUCCACCAAAGCUGGUGCUGCCAGGCAAGUUGGGAGGCAUCAUAACAGGCAGAGAUUUGCGGAAUGAUCAGACAGAUAGCAAUACGAAGUGGACGCCCCCUCAGAGGCGUGGAGGCAAAAGGGGAAGAAGAAAAAGUUCAAAAAGUUUAACAGAGAUCGAGUAUGAUGAAAUGCGGGGCUGCAUGGACCUUGGUUUCAGUAUCAACAAAGACGACCUCACUCCCCGGGUUGUCAAUGUGUUUCCUGGCGUGAAGGAUGCCUACAAGGGCGGAGAUGAUCCAUUUUUAAAUUCUCCUCGAGAUAGAGCCAAUUCUCCAAAGGGCUGGCACCGACGGCCAGAGUCGCCUCUGCUCAAGUGGCAGUUGCCUACACCGAAUGGCAACAAAGUGGAUAUGAAAGCUCAACUGAAGUUCUGGGCCCAUGCCGUUGCAUCUACAGUGGCUGCGGAGUGCUGAUCUCUUCUCAGUGUUCUGCUCCCAAUCAGUUUCAAUUGUCCUACAUCAAAUCAGGUCUUUAGAAAUAUGUCAUCCUGCAAGGCAAUCCGCAAACAUGGAACAUGGAAGGCUGCCGAGUGGAGGAAGUGGUAACCAGCGCUUUGACAUCUUAUAUUUGAGGGCUGGGUAGUUCGUGUAAUUAUGAAAAGCUGUGGCGUGCCGAGGAACUGCAGUCUAUUGAGUUUGUGCUCAAUUCUUUACAGUGAAGAGCCCAUAGCUGUAUGGAAAGCAAGCUUGCUUCAUAUGGUGCUGUUUGCAAGGUUUAGUAUUAAGAAAUAAGGUAUCUGGUAAUUGUAAGGCUUUCGGGUUGCUGUGAGCUUCCGAGAUGGCCACGAUUGUCCUUCCAAGGCCCCCUGACUUUGGGGGGCCUUGUUACAAGCUCAAAAGGUCCGUCCCCUGGUCUACCAGACAGGUUGUUCUCCAAAAGCAGUGUAUCUACGUAGUAGUCGGUAAUAGGUUGUUUUCAUGCGUUUAGUUUAGGGAAAACAGGGGGAUAAUAGCAAGGGUUGGAUUGUAAACUACAGGUCUCAUUGAUUUUGGUUCCAUUCCCUUUUCCUUCACAAUAAGACAGCCCAAUAUGUCACUGCCUUGCUACCUACCAGCUUCCUCUGCUGCCGUAGUUCAGGAUUCUGCUCCCUGUCCUGACUUCCCAUGAUCCGUCUUAUCUCUGGGCACCAUGGAACCCCCAGCACGACCUCGUGUCGGUAGGUCCUACAAAAGAGCCCUCUCUCAUCUCCUCUUUGCUACAUCGUCUCUUAGAGUGUGAAUCUGCUGUGCAAUUGGGUCUCACCAGGCAGAUUCACGUCUACACAGGUCUGUCUACUGUGCCGAAAUCACGGGAAGCUCCCACGCUGUUCCCAAUUCUGCUCAUCCACUAGUUUGUUUGUAGGAAGGUGUGCUCAUAGGAGUGGGCGAAGGUUGCCUUUCACAGCUUGUAAUAUUAGGCUUGGCAAGCUGGGAAGGGGAGCCUGCAGACCCGAAGUGGACGUGCUACCGGUGCCCUGUUUCCCGAGCAAAAGAUUAUCCAAGUCAUUCCCUCAGUCUUCUUACAGUGUGUAUGUGAUUAGUAGAGACCCCAAUGUAUCUCUCCCUACAUGGGUCUCCUCCUUUCCUCUGCAAGAAUUUCUCUUCCCCCUCCUUCUGCUCUGCUAUGUCCUUCCAGGACUGAGGGUCCAUGGCUCCUCUGGCCAUGGCAGGCAACCUCAAUGAAGAUAUUCCUCUAACCUCUAUCUUCCUCCCUCUAUUUUCCUCCCCAUCUUCCCAUCUUCCCCUCUUUCCCUCUCCCCCUCUCCUCAUCUUCUUUCUCAUCUGGACAAGACUGUCCUCUGACUCAGGAAACGGGCCCAAGCACUGCCUACUUCUCCCAAGAAGUAUAGACUCCGGAAAUUUGAAAAUUUGUAGGUUGUUUGUAAGUUAUGAAGUAGGUUAGGAAAUUGUAUCUUUAGAGUUGGAAGAGCAGAAGCGGUGGACUCUGUGGACUCUUGAAUUCAAUAGACUGCAGCAAAGUAGGCCUUUAUAUACGACUACGCCCCAUCAGUCUUGCUCAUGGAUUGGAUAUUACUUGUGUACUGAUGUUUAUUCUGAUUCUCCUGCCUUUGGC